CCAUACGACAUUGAGUCCACACACAGGGAGUACACUCCACAAUUGAGUACAGGCGUCCCUGUGCUUAAAUAUUUUUUAUUUAUCUCGUUUCAUUACGUUUGAUCCACAAUUACGGGGGAAAUUCUUAGGAGAGAGGGAUACGGAGGACAGAUCAAUUGAACGAGUAUCUUCUGAAGCAGCACAUUCAGAGUUUGGGGUCCAGUCAAGUGCCCGAAGAGAGCAGCUAUGACUGACGUGGCACAAAAACAAGAGAAACUCCUUUCCACUUCCAAACCUGUUAUGAGGAGCUAUGUGCCCAAGCUUGGAAAGGGCGAAUCAAAAAGUAAGUUUGAGGCUAUGCAGAGGGCAAGAGAAGAUCGUAGUAAAAGGCGCAGUGAAGAGGAACAGAAGAAAAGGAGGGAGCAGUAUUUAAAGGAGAAAGAAUGGAAUCGCCGGAAGCAGCAGAUAAAGGAACUACUUGCCUCAAGUGAUGAGGAAGAGGAGAAGCCAGUCAUGCCUGCAAAAUCAUAUGUCCCAAAAAUAACAGGCAGUGUGAAGGGAAAGUUUGCAGAGAUGGAGAAACAGCGCCAGGAAGGGGACAGGAAGAGGACGGAGGAGGAGAGGAAAAGGCGGGCCACUCAGGACACGCUCGAGAAGGCCAAGAUCCAGAGAGAACUGGCCAAGAAAGCUGAGGAGGAAAAAGAUGAUUCCCUGCUUGUGCAAGUAGUUCCAACCAAACCUCCAGGCAAGAUCAAAAUCAACUUUGAGGACAUAGAAAGGGCCAGAGAAGAGGAGGAAAAGAAGAAGACUGAGGAAGAGAAGAAGCAGCGGUAUGAUGAGCACAGGCGUUCCUUCCGAGAUGCCAAAAGGCGAUCCAGGUUAAUACAGCAGGAAGAGGAGGCUCAACCCAAUGAGAAGGAGCAGGUCACUCCAGGCAAGCUGAAGCUGACAUUUGAGGAGCUAGAGAAGGAGAGACAGGAGUUGCAGAGGAAGCAGACAGAGGAGGAGGCCCGGCAGCGGUUGGAGGAAGAAAAGAAGGCCUUUGAGGAGGCAAAGCUAGAAAUGGGAGCUGAGGAUGAGCAUGAACCAGGCGCUCAAGCUGUAAAGGAAGAAUUCCGUCCUGGGAAGCUAAAGAUGAGCUUUGAGGAGCUGGAGAGGCAAAGAGUAGAUGAAGAGCGCAAGAGAGCAGAAGAAGAGGCUAAGAGACGUAUGGAAGAGGAGAAGAAAGCCUUUGCAGAAGCCAGGAAGAGCAUGAUCUUUGAUGAAGAUGAUAGUGACAUCUUGGUUGCUAUGCUGUCCGCGGAAGGCGCCAAGCCCGGAAAGCUGAGGCUAAGCUUUGAGGAGCUGGAGCGGCAGCGGAGGGAGGAGGAGCAGAAGAGGGCUGAAGUGGAGGCUAAGCGCCGACUGGAGGAGGAGAAGAGGAUCUUUGCUGAAGCUCGCAAGAAUAUGGUGGAGGAUGAGGAUGAAUUGAGGAAGAGUGAGUCUCAGGAGGCACUAUGCCCCAGGAAGCUGGAGAUUAAUUUUGAGGAGCUCCUCAAGCAGAAGCAGGAAGCGGAAAGGAGACGCACAGAGGAAGAACGCAGACAAAAAAUGGAGUUGGAGAAGCAGGCGUAUGAGCAGUUGAAGCAGGAGAUGGGCGAGGAUGAAGUAAAUGAAAGCACAGAGUUGGUGAGCACAGAGUAUGAAGAACUAAUUAAGCUGAAGCGAACUGGAUCCAUACAAGCAAAGAACUUGAAAUCCAAAUUUGAAAAGAUCAAGCAACUCACAGAAGAGGAGAUCAAGAAAAAGAUUGAAGAGGAAAGGGCACGGAGAAAGGCCAUCGACCUUGAAAUCAAAGAAAGAGAAGCUGAAAGAUUCCAGGAGGAGGAUGAGGAAGAAAGCAGGAGUGUACCGGUCCGAGUGGAGGAUGCACCAUUCAAACAGAAGGUGGACAUGCGAAAACGGUUUGAACAAAUGGCAAAAGCCAGGGAAGAGGAGGAAAGGAAACGGAUUGAAGAACAGAAACUACAGAGAAUGCAGUUUGAGCAACAAGAGAUUGACGCAGCUCUCCAAAAAAAAAAAGAAGAUGAGGAAGAGGAAGAGGGAAGCCUCAUCAAUGGCUCAGCGACCUAUGAAGACGAAGAGGGUCAUGCGAGAUCUGGGGCCCCAUGGUUUAAAAAGCCUCUGAAAAACCAGUCUGUGGUCGAUGCUGAACCCGUUCGAUUUACUGUUAAAAUCACUGGGGAACCGAAGCCUGAGGUGACCUGGUGGUUUGAGGGUGAAAUGCUGCAAGACAGUGAGGACUAUCAGUACAUUGAGAGGGGAGAGACAUACUGCUUAUACCUGCCAGAGACCUUCCCAGAGGACGAGGGGGAGUACAUGUGCAAAGCCAUGAAUAGUCGGGGCACUGCUGCCAGCACCUGUAUUCUCACAAUUGAAACUGAGGACUACUGAAGCCCUGCUCAACUGGAAAUUUCCUCUCCCAAUUUUUCUUUUGUAAAACUCCUAUCCAUCAUGGUAGGGCCAAAAGGAUAUGAAAGAUCAUUCCUUCAGUGGAUAUGAACUAUACAUGUCAAGCACAAACUGUUUACAUCAUACUUAUUGUGAAUCAGGAUCAGAAACCAACUUCUCAACCCAUUUCAAUUUGUGUCUGUGCCAAAGUAGCAGCAUAAUUUUACAGUGAGUAAAAUGAAUAUGAAUAUUCUAUACCAGCUAAAACUUUAAGCCUCUGUGGUUCAGUUUAUUUAAAAUUUGUCAUUUGAAUGUUGAAUGUGUUGAUUUGUUGAUGAAGCAUUACACUCCAGUUUUCCUACCCAAAAAUUAUUUUCCUGUGUGGAACAAAAAAAAAAAAUUGGACUGAUGAAGCAAUACAGUACAUUGGUGUAAUAAGCACUAUUUUGCUGUGAUUGUGAAAUCAGCAGUGUGUUGAUGGGCUGUAAAAAUGAAAAAGAUAGUGUUUGGUUUUAGAUUCACCAAGAUAUAAUAAACAAUAAAAUACAA